UCACUCAAGGUCCGCAAAGCAUCGCUACCAUUCACCGCCUGCCAAUCAAAGAUUCAGACUUCCGUGGAGGAUGAUCCGAACGAUUCAAAGACCAGCGACAACGAGAUGCCUCAACCGCCACCCUCGACGCCGACCAAAGUCCGUGGCGCCGUGUCACCCUCGUCCGUCGUGACACCCCGAGCUGUUAAAAGCGGGCUGGCCAAAUCUCCAGACGCCACGACGGCGACGCCCAGAGGGCAAUUCACGCAGGAAACGGGGGGUCCGACCCUCGCAAACGGACGGACGUUCAAAACACCCUCGCCAGAUGUGACAAACAGCAAAGGCACGCCGAAGGGUCGCUCAGCGAGGAGGUCGCCAACUUCCCCGCGUCCACCCAGCAGUUUACGCGUUAGAUCCGCUGGCGAUGAGUCCUCCCCUGGCACACCUAGAAAACCAUCCCCUGGCACACCUAGAAAACCAUCUCCCGGCACACCUAGUAGAAUAUCUCCCAGCACACCGAGAAAAACUCCGUCCCCCAAGGAGCUGCGUCUUCCGAAACUCGCGUCUUCGCCGAUACCGCAAGAAGCAAGUCCAGCGGCUGCCGAAACUCAUUCGAAAAUUACUUUACCGAAGUUAAUCGAGCCAUCCUCGCAAUCCGCCCGAAUGGCGUAUUAGAGCUAUCGAAUCAAAAAACGCGACGGGCUUUCUGGCACUUUAGGACAGGAUGCCACAGACUCCUCGCAUGUUCCCUCAUUUGCGAUUAAUUUGAAGUUCAGCUUUUCUUGGCAAAAAUUUAAUUUUAUUCUGCUAGUUACAAUCAUUUUAUGUUCAACUUUUCAAACAUCUCCAUUAAAAUCAAAUUCAGAAAUGAAACACUGUUCAUAACUUAAUUCAAAUUUCAUAUAAAUAAAAAAGUGUUGAUAUCAAUAAAUAAAGAACACAAUUUUUUCUUAAUUAAUUCGUGUACAAAUAUAAAAGAACCACGAAGUCUGGAGCAUCCUGUUCAUUUCAUAAAAGAAAGAGUGCAAACUAAUUAGUAAUUUAGAGAAAAUAACAAUAGGAAAGUCAUAACUACACUUGCUAGAGCAGAUAUCUUCUUUUUAUUGACGAAGCUAUUCUUAAGUAAAAAUAAAUUUUUUUAUUUUAGAUCUAAUUUCAACCGAAUAGAAAAGAUUGAUUCGAAAAUAAAAUAAAAAUUCGAGACAAAACGAAACAGGGACUUGUCUUCGCAAGUCCUAUUUUUCCAACUAAAUCCACACAUAAUUUCCAACCUCGUAUCUUCCAUAUGUGGAAGAUUAAUAGGUGUCGGAAACAUGUUCUUCAAAUAUCAAUGAAUUUACGAUUCUAUGUUAUGAAUGAUUAUAUCGUUUUACUUCGUUGGACAUUAUAAAUCACGCAUUUUUUAAAGAUAUUUUUUAUAUAAGCUUGAUAAUGAUUUAAUUUAUACUUCUUAAUGCCACGCACAAUUUUUGAAAGUAUAUAUAAAAUAUAAAUAAAAAAUAUAUCUAUAUAUAAUUAUUGAAAAAAUAUAAUUGAAUAUAUUCAUAUUCAUUGUGCAAUGAAUGGAAAAUGAGGAAGAAUUAAGGAAGGCGUGGAAGAUAACAUUGACAAAUCAAAAAUUAAUUUAUACAAGUAAAAAUAUAUAUAUUUAGACUAUA